AUGAGGGGUCGUGAUCCCAUCACUUCAGGAGCCAUUGGACGUUAUGCAGUUCCUCAGCUUUUUCAAGCAGCCGGUUAUCAUCGCGGCCAUAUUCCGCUGGAUUGGCGAGUGCAGACUCUCGAGUAUGAGAGUAUCAUCGGACCCGGAAGCGCUCAAGGCAGAUAUGUACCUAUAAGAGUUGGCAUCAAGAUCUGCGAGCUUUAUGGCCCAAAAGACUUGGUCCCAAUAUUGAAGAAAAUGUUCCCGCUCGAGAAAGGAGAGGUGGAUAUAAAGCAGACCAAGCGUCGCGACGACUUUGAAAUGUUCAAAGCUGGUGACCACAUUUUGUCGAUACGCAAGCGCGAUUGGUACGUCAACCUUGCUCAUAUCUGUUCAGCAGCCCAGGUACGUCGCCAAGAGCUACAAAAAGAGGAGCCAGAAGGCUCUGCGACCCCAACGUGUCAGAAUUAUCUCUCCCGAGCUCGCCCUUGUGCAGUGCGUCUACCACCUUUCAACUUCGAGUAG